UCCGCGGGCCGCAGGGUGGUGCUCCCGGCCAAGGCGGCGCCGAGCGGCUGCGGGCGGGGAGGCGCCCGAGCCCAGCCCGGCCCUGCCCAGCCGAGCCCAGCCCAGCCGAGCCCAGCCGAGCGGAGCGGAGCUCGGAGCUGUGCGGGACGCCAGCCGGACUCGGCGAGAGGGAGGGCGCCCGCCCGCCCGCCCGCCCGCCGCCCCGCCGCGCUGCUGCCGGGCGCCGCUUUCCGCGGAGGACUGCGCGGCCGAUCCGCGAGACGGAGGCUGUCCGCCGCCCCGACAUGGCGACCGCAAGGCAAGUGCUUUGUCUCUCUGCUUUCCUCUCCCUGCCGCACGCUGGCUCGCAGCCCAUCCGCUACUCCGUAGCCGAGGAGGCGGAGAGCGGCUCCGUGGUAGCCAACGUGGCGGCGGACGCGGGGCUGACCCCGGCGCAGCUCGCGGAUCGCCGCGCCCGCCUGGCCUCGGAGGACGGCCGGCAGCACUUUCGCUUAGACCGCGGCACCGGCCGCCUCGUAGUGGCGGACAGGCUGGACCGGGAGGAGCUGUGCGGACAGUCCCGUACCUGCACGCUCCCCUUCGAGCUCCUGCUCGCAAACCCCCUGCAGUUCUUUCGGGUCGAGGUGGCGGUGGAGGACAUCAAUGACCAUUCGCCCGUUUUCCCGGAGGAACGAGUCACUUUUAAGAUCCCCGAAAGGAGCGACCCGGGCUCGCGUUUCCCGCUGGAGGGAGCUUGGGACCUCGAUGUUGGCAGCAACAGCAUCCAGGCUUACAGUAUCGCUCCCGAGAACGAAUACUUUAGUGUCUCUUUUGGGAGUCGAGUUAACGGUGACAAAUAUGUUGAGUUGGUCUUGGAAAAGCCCCUAGACAGAGAGGAGCAGGCGGAGUUGUAUUUCAGUGUCAUUGCCAUAGACGGCGGCUCUCCGCCCAGGACUGGGACCACCCAAAUCCACAUUAUCGUUCUAGAUGUAAAUGACAACGCUCCCGUCUUCACAGAGGAGCGGUAUGUGGGUCAGGUUUUGGAAAAUGCCCCAGAGGGCUCUGUGGUUCUCAGCGUGGUGGCAACUGAUCGGGAUGAGGGAGUUAACGGGGACAUCUCCUAUCAGUUCAUCCAAGCAGUGGGCCAGAGCGACUCAGCGUUCACAAUUGACCCCACAAGUGGUGAAAUUAAACUGAGAAAGGCUCUGGACUUUGAGGCAGCAGAGAAUCACGAGCUCAGCGUGCGGGCCACAGACGGCGGGGGCCUCUCGGCAAUCUGCAAGGUGUUGGUGGAGGUGGUGGAUGUGAACGACAACGCACCGGAGCUGGUGGUCAGUUCCUUCAGCAGCCCCCUCCCUGAGAAUGCAUUACCCGGGACAGUGGUCGCCCUCUUUGCUGUCAGGGACCGGGAUGCUGGUGCCAAUGGGAAGAUCACGUGUGCCCUUGAAGACCAGCUGUCGUUCUCCUUGCGGCCAGCCUAUAAGAAUUACUACGAGCUGGUGACUGUGAGCACGCUGGACCGGGAGGAGACGGCUCGGUACAUCCUCACCGUCACAGCAGCAGAUGCGGGGUCACCUCCUCUCACGACCACCCAGACCUUCACGGUGGACAUCUCCGACGUCAACGACAACGCCCCUGUCUUCAACCAGACAUCGUACACCAUGUUUGUGCGUGAGAACAAUGUCCCCACAGUGCUCGUUGGAGCCGUCAGUGCCGCCGAUGCCGACGUGGGGCCCAAUGCCAAGGUGGCCUACUCCCUGGCACCAGCCCACCCUGCAGAGCAGGCUCCCUGCUCCUGCAUCUCUGUGAACUCUGAGAACGGGCACGUGUUUGUGCUGCAGCCUCUGGACUAUGAGCAGGUGAGGCAGAUCAAGGUCUUGGUGAGCGCCUCCGAUGCGGGGUCUCCUCCUCUCAGUGCCAACGUCACCGUCCGCCUUGUUGUGGUGGAUGAGAAUGACAACGCGCCGCUGGUGCUGCACCCAGCCCAGGGCAGCAGCCCGCCAUCCAGUGAGCUGGUGCCCAUGUCGGCCGAGGCGGGGUACCUCAUCACCAAAGUGGUGGCCGUCGAUGUCGACUCAGGGCAGAACUCGUGGCUCUCGUACCACCUGCUGAGGGCCUCCGACCCCGGGCUCUUUGCAGUGGGCGCCCAAAGCGGGGAGGUGCGGCUGAGGAGGCCGGUGACAGAGAGGGACGCCGUGAAGCAGAAGCUCGUUGUGCUCGUGCGCGACAACGGGCAGCCACCUCUGUCGGCCACUGCGGCGCUGAGCGCACUCCUGCUCAAGGACUUCUCUGACAUGCGCCUACCACACAGCAGCCUGGCCACAGAGGACGAGAGUGGCUCCCUGACAACCUAUCUAAUCAUUUCAUUGGUCUUCGUCUCACUCCUCUUCCUCGCAUCCACGGCAGCCUUUGUCGCUCGCAAGCUGUGCAAGAGAAAGGAGCUGAAGGGUGGGCACGUGCUUUAUGGUGCCGGCAACUUGCAGAGCAGCCUGGCUGAUGCAGCUGCUGCAGGGACCCUGCCCCACGCCUACUGCUAUGAGAUCAGCCUCACCACGGGCUCGGGCAACAGCGAGUUCAAGUUCCUGAAGCCCGUCCUCCCCAGCCUGCCACCACAGCACUGUGGCAUGGGCGGGGGCACUGACGGUGAACAGGAUUUCCCCCGUGGCCCUCUCGCCGUCGACAUGGCGCCAGACAACCCCGGAACGCUCUCUGCCGAACAGUUCAACAGUCUUUCCUUUAACUAGCAUGAAGUCAGCACAACCAGAGGCUUCAUGCCUCGCGAUGGGAAGGGAUCCGGGCUACAACGUGUGGCAACAGUUCCUCUAGACUAACUCUGCAGUUGCAAUCGGUACCACCGAUUCCCCUCAAAUCCUAAGUCAGAAGAAAGGUUGUCUCCCCCUCCAAAGAAACAAGCCAACAAAAGACACUAAAGGCUCCCUCGCUCAGGCAAUAACAGGUUUCAGCUCCGUUACAGCCACUUCUGAAAUGCUUUGAGAGUGGGGUUAGUUCCAGGGGCCCCAGCUAAGGUCUUGCCUCACUUGCUGCCAGGCAAGACCGUGGACGGCUUAUUCUGUGCUCUAAUGCAAUGACAAGGUUGGGCUGAAACGCACGCAGCCCUCCUGCCGGAGGAGCAGAAAAAGCAAAGGCAGUUGUGAGUACUGUAUUGCAGUGGGGUGCCAGCACAGGGCUCUUUCUUCUCUGGGUUCUGGAUGUCUCUGCCUGAGACGUUUGAGCUCUGUGUGUUUUGCCUUCUGGUCACUACGUCUGUCCGGGCAGCCGUUGUGUGUCUGCACAGGCCGCCACAAAGGCUGCCCAGGGAAGCAGGGAGUUGCUCACACCCAGCCGCUCUGAUGCACGCAGUUCCAGCUCAUCAGGCAAGAAGGGUAUUUUGAACCUUGGAGUGAGUACAGAAGUCUCACCUUCUCCAGGGGAGAGCAGCAAAACGCACAACGAGGUCUUCCUUUGGUCUGUAAGGGCGGGUGGGGGCUGGGCAGGCUGUCUCCUUGGGAUUGCCUUGCAGCUGUAGCAGCGCUAACGAUGUUGGGGUAGUUGUAACUGUACAGAGUGGUGAAAACAUGCCCAUCGGCUUUGGGUGCAUUGUACGAAAACUCCACGAGUCUCCUCAAAGUGCAUUUUCUGAAGUGGAAUAGAGAUGAACUUGGAAAAUGGCCAUUGAGUUUGGUCUCAUCCUUGUUGUUGCUGAAUUGAGAGGCGGCUUCUUGGGGAGAGGGAAGCUGUCGCGAUACGAUUUUCUGGGCUUGUGCUAGAGCAUUGUCAUUCUCCUUUUUGCCCUUUCUCCUUCUACUUUGCAAACUGUCUUUGAGCACUGUCUUACCUAUUCCUCUGAAGAAGGACUGUCACCCCGUGUAUAAGAAUGGAUUGUUUGAAUGCAGGCAGUGUGGCACGGGAUGUUCGGGAACCCUUGCGCUGUGUUGUGCUGCAGUUAUAAACUGUACCGUUGUAAACCGGGAUACCCUUGUGUGUAAAAGUGAAAUAAAGAGAAUGCAUUGUGUGGA